CGAAGCGGAUAGGCGGCAGCCGCGCCGGAGGCGGGGGUGUUGCUGUGGUCCUGGUGUUUGGCGGCUCCAGGAUCCUUCCCGGCCCCUGCCCUCCUCGUUCCAAGUACCCGUGUCUGUCUUACUCUUAAAGUGCAAGAAAACUAGAAAGCUCACAGGGAUGAAGCGCAGCUCUGUUUCCAUUGGUGCUGCUGGCCGCCAGUCUAUGCAGGCCUUGAGAUCACAGGACUUCAAUAAACAAGGUCUUUAUACCCCACAAACGAAAGAAAGACCAACCUUUGGGAAGUUAAAUACAAGUAGACUUACACCUGGCACAUCCACUUCUGAAAGGAAAAUCAGCUUCUUUGGUAAAAGAACUAGUGGACCUGGAUCCCGGAACAGUUUGCUUGGUAUAUUUGGCGGUGUUGAAAAAAUCAAAGACCCUAGACCACUUAAUGACAAAGCAUUCAUUCAACAGUAUAUUCGACAACUCUGUGAGUUUCUUACAGAAAAUGGCUAUGCCUUCAGUGUGAACAUGAAAUCUCUACAAAGUCCAUCUGUUAAAGACUUCCUAAAGAUCUUCACUUUUAUUUUUGACUUCUUAUCGCCUUCUUAUGAGCUUCCUGAUAGUAAGUUUGAAGAGGAGAUUCCAAGAAUCUUGAAAGAUCUCGGGUUUGUAUGGUAUCCGUUUACUUUACCAAAAAGCUCCAUGUAUACAGUGGGAGCACCUCAUACAUGGCCUCAUGUUGUGGCAGGUUUGAACUGGCUUAUAGAUUGUGUUAAGCUCAUUUUUGCCUGCAAACAAAGUUCACCUUCAUUUGAUGAUGGACAGCCCUGGGGAGGAGAGAGUGAAGAUGGAAUAAUGCAUAAUAAGUUGUUUUUGGACUAUACCGUAAAAUGCUAUGAAAAUUUCAUGACUGGUGCUGAUUCUUUUGAAGAUUUAGAUACGGAGUUACACUCAAAGCUAAAGGACUUAUUUAAUAUAGAUGAUGCCAAGCUGGAAUCUUUAGCUUCAGAAAACAAAAGACUAACUGAAGAAAUUGCAAGGCUGGAACGAGAGAAAGAAAAUGAACCGAAUCGUCUGAUAUCACUAAGAAAAGUGAAGGCUUCUUUAAAAGCAGAUGUUCAGAAGUACCAGGCAUAUAUGAACAAUUUGGAGUCUCAUUCUGUCAUUCUUGACCAGAAAUUAGGUGUUCUUAAUGAAGAAGCUCCUAAUGGAGAACUGGAAUUAGAAGCAGUAAAGCAAGAGAAUGCCCGGCUGCAAAGUAUUAUUGAUAUCCAAAAGUAUUCAACUGCUGACAUCGAGAGAAUACAUCACGAAAGAAAUGAAUUCCAGCAAACCAUCAAAAAAUUAACCACAGAACUAGAGACAGAACAAAAGCAGUUAUGGAAUGAAGAGUUAAAGUAUGCUAGAAGCAAAGAAGCGAUUGAAGCACAACUGGCAGAAUACCACAAACUUGCUAGAAAAGUAAAACUCAUUCCAAAGAGUGCAGAGAAUUCCAAAGGUCAUGACUUUGAAAUUAAAUUUAAUCCUGAAGCCGGAACAAACUACCAUGUCAAAUACAGAACGCAAAUCUAUAUACCACUUAAGGAGUUCUUAAACCAAUAUGAAGAAGGAAUAAACAAAGUUCUACAUAAAAAAAUGGGUUCAGAAGAGACCCUCGAACAAGUGAACACAAUGGUGACAGAAGUGAAGAGAAGUACAAAAAUGUUAAACGACGAAGUCCAAAAACUGAAGGAUCUUAAACAACAAAAACUUAAGGAAGCUGAAGAGAAAGACAGAAAAUGUACCACUGAAGUGGAGUCCCUGGAUAAACAUAAACAUUUACUUGAAAGUGGAGUUAAUGAGGGCCUCAGUGAAGCCUUGAGUGAAUUGGAUGACAUUCAACAGCAAUACCAGCUGGUGUUACAAACCACAACUGAAGAAAGACGAAAAGUGAGCAAUAACUUACAGCAUCUUCUAGAAAUGGUUGCAACCCAUGUUGGAUGUGUCGAAAAGCAUCUUGAGGAUCAGAUUGUUAAAGUAGACAAAGAGUGCGAAGAAUUCAUUGCUGAAGAUUUCUUGGAAAAUAUUAAAGAAGCUGUAGACAAGUACAAAAAAAAAGCUUCUGUUAUCUCUUCCACUGAAUGAAGAAGAUGUGCUAAUUAUUGUGUUACAUAUGAAGACUUCACUUCUUAAGAUGUCAGCACCAAGACUUUUUUUGUUUUUAAAAAAAAACCAUUCAUGGCUACUUAAAUAUUUGUUCAAGUGUCUGCUGCCAAUUGUCAGUAUGCAGCAAGGGGAAGCUGAUGAGAAUUUUUACUCUUUGCAUUUGUACUCACCAACCUGUAUCUUCCAAUCAUUCUU